GCGUUGCAUUAGCAUUCGCAGCUGGGAACACAACAACAACGAGUCAACCAAAUGCUACAUUUGGGGACAUUUUUAGUGUUGGAAUAUCACAUCUUGCUUUCCCCAUUGUCAAAUUUUCUGAGUAGUUAGUGUUUGGAGGAUAUCAGUUCCCUUUGAGGAAAGUUCUGAAGUUACACGGUCUCCGAAGAUAAGGAUUUUAACCACAAAUUUCGCAACAUAUUUUGUGGUUGUCGAACAAAGCAAGCAGACAACUCGGCUCUUCCUCGACGUAAAACUUCUAAGUGAAAACAUUCGACAGUCAUGAAGGACGAAAUCGCAGCGGCGGUGUUUUUCCUGGCCCGCCUCAUCAACGUGAAACGUAGCUUCACCUCGGAGCAGAUGGCGGAAUUCUCGGAGAACCUGGUGGCGUGUCUGAUCGAGAAGUUUCGGAAUCACUGGUACGAAGAGACGCCGAGCAAGGGUCAGGCUUUCCGCUGCAUCCGUAUCGCCCACGACGAACCCAGGGACAUUGUUUUGGUGCGAGCCGCUAAGAAAAGUGGACUGGACUUCGACAAAAUGAACCUCCCUGCUGAUUUUACACUCUGGGUGGAUCCUCUGGAAGUCGUCUGCAGGUUUGGAGAAAAGGGAACAAUCUGCCCGAUUGCAUCCUUCCCGAAGAAGUCGUCUCCACUACAAGUUAACGACAAUGAGACGACAACAACAACAUUGCAAACGGGCGACGCCAAUGGCAAUAUGGACUUGAACGCCAACCCAAAGUCCGUCCUUGACAACAUCACGGAGGUCCUGCAGAGGAACUCCAGCACAGUGGCCAACGACAAUGUCGGGGGCGUGGUCACCACCCACUACCGGGGGCGGAGGAACCGGACCAAGUACAACCUGGUCCGAAACACCAUGAACAGUGAGCAGGACUGGCCAGCGCUGUCCCACCACAAGUACCGUUGGGUCAGUAAGACCCUUACAGCCCAGGCGUAGCCCGAUCCCGGCUGCACACAAACUCAACCAAUACCAAAUGCAAAUCUCUGAUCUUUUUGACUAAUUUUUUUUAAUAUUAAAAAGAAAAUUUCAUCAUGCAAAUAGUGUGAUUUUUAAUUGAAACAUUUUUUCUGUGAUCUUUGCCAGAGUCCGAAAACGGGUUGGAUACUGUUUUGAUACCUUUUUAUACAUCUACGCUCAACUGGUGCUUCAAGUGAUGUACAUAAUAUCAUUUUUCACACUUCCUUUAUUCAUACAAUGUAUGCUAGUGUCAGGUUGGCCGUGCUUAAAUUAAAACUUGGCAAAUGAGCUGAAGAGUGUGAUAAAUCUUUGAUGUAUCACGCAAAACAACAGUGUAGCGAUAAAUUGUUGGGUACACGCUGACUCUGUUGAGAGGAAAAAACCACGGCGAUAGAUGAAAAUCGUCUUGACAAUUGAAUUAUUUCCCAGAGAAGAAAUUCCUUCGCGUGAUUACGUGGACAUGUACAUCCCAAAUGGUUUGAACUGUCGCUGUUCGUACCAAAUCAACUUUGUAGAAUGUAAAUGAUCCCAGGAUUUUCAUCAACAAACAAAAUAUCUCUUUCCCCGGAAACUUCUAAACCCCUCGGCUGUUGUCAAAGACUGUUUGCAGUUUAUGCUGUAAGUGCCUCUUGUUCACACAGUAACAAGAGAGUAGAAUUCUCCUCCCUUCGUAGUCAUGAAACAGCCGUAAUACUUUUUGCAGCAGGCUGAAUGACUCAUCUUCCACACUGGCCCCCGCCCUCAAAAGGGUCCUUUUUUCUUCUCUCUCUUGCAGUUGGAUUAAUUGCAAGGCAAAUUGAAUCGGCUGACUUCCUUAUUAUGUUACCUGAGCACUUUGACCGAGUCAGGGUUCCUCCCAAAAUGGAACAGCAUCCAUUCAUAAUUAAGCUUGUCUGCAAUCGGACAUGAUGGAACCUGUUGACAUUUUGUUUCUGAUGAUGUUUACAUGUAGUUGUCAAGAUGAUUUUCACUUUCUUUGACUAUAUUCAACCUGGAACAACCAUUCCAUGCUUGUACCAAGCUUGUAUUUAAAAGAAAUCAAUCAAGAACUUAUAUUUAAGAAUUAAAAGGCCUUUUUUUUCUACUUGCAUGGAGAUACAUACGUUAUACAUAAAUUUUUUUGCUCAGUCGCACAAGGGAAAUUCUCUUGAAGGAUACUUCCAAUUGAAUGUGGUUGUAUAUGCAUGUACCUAACUGCUAUCUAUUCAAUCCCUCUGUGUCGGAGUUCAAAGGUCAAUCGAACAGUAUUCGGUAUUGUAAGGGUCACAGAUGUACAUUUAACAGUAACCAAAUCUUUGUACAGCGAGGUUUUUUUAGAUGACCUCAUUCGUGCAAUAUGAAUUCUUAUAUGUUGAGCAUUAUGUAAAUCAUGACUUUAUUUUAGAGUUUUUGGUGUUUUGCAAGGAAAACAAGUAGACAAAAGUUUCACCAUAGAUGGACAUGAGACGAUUGGACAGUAAUGCUUGCUAAGAAUUUUUGGUACAAAUCAUGGGUCACCAAUUAGUUUUCCUGUUUGACAUUUUUAUUUUUCGUGGUGUGUUUGGUUUUUAUCCAUUCUGGUUAUUUUUGCUAGGGCAUUCUAUUGGGAAUAUGAGUGACGGACAGGAUUCAAGACUUCACUGAAAUAUAUUUUUCGAAAAGUUGUAAUGCAGGUCAUUGUAUUUUUGUUACAAAGUAACAAAUGAAAAAGAAAAAAGAUUUUAAAGAGUCCUAUUUUUGCCACAUGAAUCCACCUUUCUAAAUCCUACUUUUAAAUAGUGGACAAAAUCCUGCACAAAAUGAAUUUCAUAUUCCCAGAUUUGCCACCAAUAAUUUCGCUUCCUUUUAAGUUUCUUUUUAUAGUCAUCAAUUCCAUGAACCAUCAAACAGUCGUCUGUUAAUCCAAAUGGAGUGAAACCAGACGACUGUUUGGCUUUCAAUAUUUUUGUGUUGCUUCACAUCGUGCUACGUGUAACGUGCUGUUGAUCGAGACCAAUUUUAUUAGUACACAAGAUGUGUUGACUUUAUCACAGAUACAGAAUCAUUAACCACGUUAAGUCGUCCUAACCCAAUUUGGCCUCGUUUUGAUACAACACAUUUCUCAACAGUUUUGCAACUUUUUUUACAUUUUGAGUAUAGAAAAAGGUAAUAAAAUGCAAUGUUAUUGAAUUUGUACAGAAAAGAAAUAAAGUGUUAAAACAUCAUGAAUUGGAA